ACGUGACAUGGUAAGCACGAGCUCGUCGAAGCUUUAACUGCAAAAUCUUGCUGAGCUUGAAAGCGAAAAACAUCCCGAUCCCAAGCAACGCCAUUUGCUUCACCAAAUCUAAACCUGCACGAGACCGCAACACUUUCUGAAGUUAAUCAAUGGAGCAGCAAUGUGCAAGUUCUAUAUAAGCUGAGUAAAUCGAAACGACAGGCCAGACGCGAUCGUAUACAGGGCAUCAGCAGAAAUUUCAUCGGAUUAGUUUGGAUCGAAUAUGGACAAGGGCAAGAAGAGAUCGGCCGUGCUCGUGGGCUGCAACUACCAGGGCACCCAGUACGAGCUCCACGGCUGCAUCAACGACGUGCGGGCCAUGCGCGAGACGCUCGUGGGGCGGUUCGGGUUCGAGGAGGGCCGCGUGGAGGUCCUGACGGACGAGCCCGGCUCGCCGGUGAUGCCGACCGGCGCCAACAUCAUGGCCGCGCUCGGCCGGAUGGUCGACCGCGGAGCCGGGGACGUCCUGUUCUUCCACUACAGCGGGCACGGGACCCGGAUCCCCUCGCCGAGGCCCGUCUUUCCGUUCAAGAAGGACGAAGCCAUCGUACCUUGUGACUUCAAUCUCAUCACCGACGUGGAUUUCCGGCACUUGGUGAACCGCCUCCCGAAGGGCGCGACCCUGACGAUCCUCUCCGACUCCUGCCACAGCGGCGGCCUCAUCGACAAGGAGAAAGAGCAGGUCGGCCCGUCGGCGGCCCCCGCCCACCGCGGCCCCGGCGGCGGCACGUCCCCCUCCUCCUCCGCCGCCCCGAAGCACAUCCCUUUCCAGGACCUGCUCCAGCACCUCUCGUCCCUAACUAACAUAAUCACCUCGGACGUCGGGACCCACCUGCUCGAGUCCUUCGGCGCCGAGGCGAGCCUCCGGUUCCGCCUCCCGCCCCUGGAGGCGGCGUCGUUCGACCCGCUGAAGCCCGACGAGGGGAUCCUGCUGAGCGGGUGCCAGGCCGACGAGACAUCCGCGGACAUGAGCCCGCCGGCGGCGGAGGGAGGGAAGGCGUUCGGGGCGUUCAGCGACGCGGUGCAGACCGUCCUGAGGGAGAGCGAGCGGGAGCAGCUGAGCAACAGGGAGGUGGUGGUGCGGGCGAGGGGGGUGCUGAGGAAGCAAGGGUUCGAGCAGCAUCCAUGCCUGUACUGCAGCGACGAGAAUGCUGACGCGGGUUUCCUAGGCCUGCACGGCGGUGAGGAAGAUGGCGUGCCUUGUUGAAGAAGCGAAGCGACUAAUUAAUUUGUUUGCAUUUCUUGCGGAAAAUUGAUCUGAUACGUGAAUUGCCUUUUUUUUUUUUUACUAUUUGGGAAUUUCAUGCUAUUUGUCAUGACAGAUGAAUAAAGGGAUCGGGAUAGCGGGCUAUUUAUGCUCUUUCGAAAAUUUAUUUGUCU